CCUCUCCUUGGAACACAUGAGCUUCUCCUCCCGAAAACUGAACCGCAGCAGCAGCAGCAGCAGAGGCAUCGUCCCCCCUCCCCGCAAUCAUACACGACAUGGCUACAAUCGUAACCUCGACCAGGUUUACGGACGAGUAUCAGCUUUACGAAGAGCUGGGAAAAGGUGCCUUUUCCGUAGUGCGGAGAUGUGUGAAGAAAUCCACUGGGCAGGAAUAUGCUGCUAAAAUUAUUAACACAAAGAAACUGUCAGCAAGAGAUCACCAGAAACUGGAACGUGAAGCCAGAAUCUGUCGUCUACUCAAACACCCCAACAUCGUUCGGCUCCAUGACAGCAUCUCAGAAGAGGGUUUCCAUUACCUGGUCUUUGACCUUGUAACUGGAGGGGAGCUGUUUGAGGACAUCGUCGCCAGAGAGUAUUACAGUGAAGCUGAUGCAAGCCAGUGUAUCAAUCAGAUCUUGGAGAGUGUCAAUCAUAUUCACCAACAUGACAUUGUGCACAGAGACCUCAAGCCUGAGAACUUGCUGUUGGCCAGUAAGAUGAAAGGAGCAGCGGUGAAACUGGCUGAUUUUGGGCUGGCCAUCGAGGUGCAGGGAGACCAGCAGGCCUGGUUUGGUUUUGCAGGCACACCUGGUUAUCUUUCUCCCGAGGUCUUGAGGAAGGACCCUUAUGGCAAACCUGUGGAUAUUUGGGCCUGUGGUGUAAUCCUGUACAUUCUACUUGUUGGUUACCCUCCAUUUUGGGAUGAAGAUCAGCACAAGUUAUACCAGCAGAUCAAGGCAGGAGCUUAUGAUUUUCCGUCUCCGGAGUGGGACACGGUCACCCCCGAGGCCAAGAACCUCAUCAACCAAAUGCUGACCAUCAACCCAGCUAAGAGAAUCACUUCAGAGCAGGCCCUCAAGCAUCCAUGGGUCUGCCAACGUUCCACUGUGGCGUCCAUGAUGCAUCGCCAAGAGACCGUGGAGUGCUUGCGCAAGUUCAAUGCCCGCAGAAAACUAAAGGGCGCCAUUCUCACUACCAUGCUGGUGUCUAGAAACUUCUCAGUGGGCCGGCAGCAUACCAGCCCUGCUGCUCCCACCACAAGCACUGCUGCUCUUGCACAGGAAGCAUGCAAAAGUUUACUCAACAAAAAGGCUGAUGGAGUCAAGCCCCAGACAAACAACACUAAAAACAGUGUAGUGAGUGCUGUAGUGAACGCCAUGAAAGAAAGCAACACGACCGCCUCUACACCGAUGGAGCCACAAACUACAGUUGUGCACAAUCCUGUUGAUGGCCCGAAGGGCUCCACCGAGAGCUGUAACACCAAUGAGGAAGAGGAUAUGAAAGGUAGGAAAGCCGAGAGCACACAGGGUGCGAGCAGUGACAGUGCCAUGAUGAGUCAGUGCAGUGCUGGGGACGAGCCGCCCGCUCUGGUGGCUUCACCGCAGGGUUCUCCAGCCACAGUCCCUGUGCAUGACAUUAAACGUUUGGCAUGGAACAGUUCAGGACAUGCAUCAUAUCCAGAGUUAGAGCACACUCAGUCGGGCCCCUUUGCUGGAGCCCAUGGGGUCGCUGGUAUCCCUACAACAAUUGGGGCCGCAGCUCAGUUUCGUAAGCAGGAGAUCAUAAAGAUCACAGAGCAGUUGAUUGAGGCUGUCAACAAUGGAGACUUUGAAGCAUACACAAGAAUCUGUGACCCUGGUCUGACCUCUUUUGAACCCGAAGCUCUGGGGAACCUGGUGGAGGGGAUGGACUUUCACAAGUUCUACUUUGAGCACUUGUUAAGUAAGAACAACAAGCCUGUGCACACCACUAUCCUGAACCCCCAUGUUCACCUCAUUGGAGAGGACGCUGCCUGCAUCGCAUAUAUCCGGCUGACGCAGUACAUUGACAGCCAGGGCCGCCCACGCAGCUGCCAAUCAGAGGAGACCCGCGUGUGGCACCGCCGUGAUAGCAAAUGGCUUAAUGUCCAUUUCCACUGCUCAGGGGCACCAGCCGCCCCCUUACAGUGAAACACACAAGACAAAGAUAAUGGGAAUGUUUCUUCUUUGUGGCCGGACGGGCACAUGGAGGCCAGCUGGGUGACAGCUCUUAAAGUUACAGACGCACCAGUGAGGAACUCUUGACAACAUCCAGUUCAACUGUCAACACCACUUAUCCUGUCCAAUCUUUGACCAACGGGAGCUGGCCGCGGCUGUGGCCUCGCCCAAGGGACGGUGCAUGUAUCUGACGCCCACAUGAGGGUGCUGUUUUGUCCUUUUCCCAUGGAACCAUCUUUUUUUGCCCGUUAAAGAUGUUCAGAAGGUGUUGUGAGUACUGAUCUAUGAAUUCAUAAAUAUGCUGUAUAUUGUAAAAAAUCACUAGCUGAACCAGAAGCUACAAUCAAGUUUGAAAAAGCAUUUAUGUAAGUAAAACAGGACGGGGGAGGGUAUUAGGGUGGGUCAACUUAAAAAGAGUCACAAAACGGACUAGCACCCAAAAACUGCAGUUUACAGGGUCGUAAUUUAAAUCUUCCAUCUUGUACACUUUGCAGUUUUUUGGGUCGUCUAAAAGUUCAGAAGUUCUUCAUAUCAAAAGUAAAAGAACCAAAGUGUAGUUUUUAGUCUUUUUAAAAGAGUGUUUCUGUUUUGGUGUUGGUUUUUUAUUUAACCCGGGUCUAAGAGAAGGUUUGUUUGACCCUGGGUUUAGUAUUCUCUUGUGUUAAUGUGGAACUCUUAAUCUUCAUUUUUAUUUGUAUUUUAUUUUUUUAUUUUUUUUUUCAUUUUUUCAUUUUCUUUUGUCUUGACAGACACUGUAACAAAGUAUUUUGUGUUCAGUUUGAGUUUUUAAGACUAUUUUAUUUUUUAAGUUAAUCUAAAUAAACGUAAAGAUUUACAGAGAUAUUUAAAGGAUAUACACCAUUCAGGUUAAGGCAAAAGAUGCUCGGUAAUGUGUGUUUUUGUCUGUGGGUGUGUGUCGGAUCAGAACCGAAAUAAAUUAAACUACAUGACCCCUAAUACAGAUUUAAUUGAAGGCUUUGCACCGGUUGCAAAUGAAAGAAUGAAAGCCAUUGUAAACAGACCAACUUUUUUUCAGCUCACAACAAAGUACCUACCAGUAGAUUCGCCCAACAUUUCCUAUUUUGUCAUAUUUAAGUGGCAGGCAAGAGUUGCGUUCAUGCAUGCACACAAACUGCCUCUAAAAACAUAUUGUGGUAGUUGUAGAUAUAAACCCCUUUCCCACUUUUUAAAUUCAAGCAAACAAGAUCUGAUUCAACUGUGUGGCCUUAUCUUCACUGCCCAUAUCAGAUCUAAGCAAAAAGGAGAAGUGGUCAUUUUAACGACAUCAUGACGAAAAUAAAAAUGACGCAAGCAGUCGAAGAUGGAGCUUUGGGCACACUCCGCCUCUUCUUAACGCGCACGCGCACACACACACACACACACACACACACACACACACACACACACACACACACACACACACACAGACACACACACACACAGACAGUUGCACUGUAAAAGUGUGCAGUUAUUUUUGUAAUGUUGGACUUGUCUAAAUCACCCUGUCCUAAUUAUUGUUGUAGUCGUUUGUGUUGGUGAUGGGGGUGUAAAUGCCGUGCGUGCUCUGUAAAUACACGUUGUUCGGUUCGUCCAAUCACAAGGAGCAGGUGGGGAAAUCUGCACACAUUUUAUGUCCAGUUGCCAUUGUUGUGUUUAAAAUCACAAUUUUAAUGUUUGUGUGAUUAAAAGUCACAGAGGUAUGUCUGUCAGUUUUGACCACAAACUAUACACAGGUUUUAUGGCACUAUUUAAACGGAGUUUUAAUGUUACUGUUACUUAAUUGUUAGAAGUGAGGGUUUGGUUUUUGCAAGUCAUAAAUUUGAGCCAUUAAGUUUGUCUGUAGUUGCAGGAAUGCUUUUCAUAACUGCUGCUGUUUUGUCUUUAGAUUUUAGUAGUUUAGUUUCAGAGGCAAUAUAACGUGAAAUGUUGGGGAGACAAAACAAAAGGCAACUUCAUCUACUCUCCUUAGAACACAUCCGUCUUUUGUAUGGAGUUCUCGAUCUGUAAAUACAUGUGGUGUUCACGCUUCGUGACAUAUCAAAACUGUACCUGUGAACGUGUGUGCGCGCGUUUAUCACCUUAACGACAACGUGUUUUAAGUAGUGAUGCCGUCAAAUUGUGUGAUGCCGUUUAAAGUCCGUUUUGUGUCUCGCGCUCUUUUUUUUGUUUGUGUCUUUUAUUUUUAUUUUUUUUUCCUUUGUUUUUUGUUUGUGCUAUGGGGAACUGCUGCCUUGCCUGGCCAAACUUAGAACUACACUGAUUUUUUAUUUAUUUAUUUUUUUAAAUCCAACCUAGAGUUCCUUUUUCAGUACAUGGUUGUCUUUUUCAGCUCCAUGAAAAUUUAAAGGAAUGAGAUGGCUAUGAGGACACACUAGUUAGUAGAUUUAGAUAAAUAAAUAUCCACCCCAUGAAAGCAUGGUUUGAGUCCCGGGCCAGAAUGCGCAAAUGAGUCUUCUGGCCCACCUGUCCAAUGAUAGAGAAAUCUAAGUCAAACACGCAGUUUAAAUAAACUGGUGAAUAUGCAUGUCUACUUUUCUUGGUAAAUCUUUUUUCCACUGUCUGUGUUUACUUUAUAAAAAAAAAAAAAAAAAAGGGAAAGAAAAUCUCAUAGUAUUUGCAUCUCGACGUGAAUUAUAAGUGAAGUACCAUAUAAAAAAGAAAAUGAAAAAAAAAAAAAAAAGAGUAGAAAAUAUUGAACAAAUAUAGAAAACAAAAGCCUCUGCUUGGUAUGCUCCCCUCAUUCUAAGUAAAUCUAUUGCAUUGUAAUGGUAUACUAUUGGGCUUCGUAUAUACUCAGAGUUUAAACAUGGAUGCUGGAUUUUGCAUGAUCAUACAUUUAAUAAAACCAUGAAAUGACAA